ACUUCUUUCUCGUUUUAAUUUGUGUGAUAUCUUUUAAAUUUUGAGAUUCAAUCAAAUUUUUUUAAUCAUGAUCUUUUACAUGUUUUUAAUUAUUUUAAAUUAUUAAUUAUUAUAAUUUAUAAUAAAAUCAAGAAGUUGGGAGAAUAAGUAGUAAAAGAAAUGAGCGUAGGGACAAUUUUUUUUUGGUUUCUAAGUUGGCAUCGCUCCCAAUAAAAAUUUUUCUAUAUCGAGAAUCAAACUCUGAUCCAUUGCACCACAACUCAGUUAGGUUGGUGUAGGGACAAGUUGCAUAUCACAUCAUACGAGAGUAGUGGCAAGAUAAGGAAGAUAGCAACCAUCAAAAGAUACUGGAGCUAUAAUUUUUUCACUGCUUUUUGCUUGGGAUUGUCUGCUGCAUUUCAUUUGUUCGCCUGUUAUACCUUUCGCGAUCCCCCUUUCCACAAACACUUUUCUCCUAGUAAGUCAGUAAAGAAAUAUGGAAGAAAAGGAUUCGAUAGCGAAGGAUGUCACAGAACUUAUUGGAAACACCCCAAUGGUAUAUCUCAAUAAAACCGUUGAAGGCUGUGCUGCCCAAAUUGCAGCCAAAUUGGAGUCAAUGGAACCAUGCGCAAGUGUGAAAGACAGGAUUGCAUACAGUAUGAUCAAAGAUGCAGAAGAUAAGGGACUAAUUACCCCGGGAAAGACUGUCCUCCUUGAGAUAACCAGUGGAAAUACCGGCAUUGGUCUUGCAUUUAUUGCUGCAGCUCGUGGCUACAAACUCAAGACAGUGAUGCCAGCAUCAUAUAGUCUUGAGAGAAGGAUUGUGCUUAAAGCUUUGGGGUCUGAUUUAUACAUCACAGAUCCAGCCAUAGGUCUAGAUGGUGUGCUUCAGAAGGCCGAAGAGAUACAUGAUAGGACUCCAAACUGUCAUUUUUUUCGUCAGUUUGAGAAUCCUGCAAAUCCAAAGAUCCACUAUGAAACAACUGGACCAGAAAUAUGGAAGUGCACAGGAGGAAAAGUUGAUAUUUUUAUUGCAGGGAUUGGGACUGGAGGCACAGUGACGGGAGCAGGAAGGUUCCUUAAGGAGAAGAAUCCAGAAAUAAAGGUAUAUGGUAUUGAACCAGCCGAAAAUGCAAUUCUAAAUGGAGGGCAACUAGGGCCGCAUAAAAUCCAAGGGAUUGGUGCUGGUUUUAUCCCACCCGUUCUUGAUCUCAGCAUCUUGGAUGGUGUUCUUCAAGUAUCUAGUGAUGAAGCUAUUGAAAUGACAAAGCUUCUUGCAUUGAAAGAAGGUCUGCUGGUAGGAAUAUCAUCAGGCGCUGCAGCUGCAGCUGCAGUAACAGUAGCAAAAAAGCCAGAAAAUGCUGGGAAACUUAUUGUGGUCAUCUUCCCUAGUUUUGGGGAGCGUUAUCUUUCCACCGCGCUGUUUGAUUCUGUUAGAGAAGAGGUGGCAAACAUGACUUUUGAGUAACUUUAUGCUUCUUUGAACUGAAAGAUGGAAGUUAUUUGUUGCAACUUGGGGUAGAAUAGGAAAGGUGCACUGAAGUGUAAUAUAAUGGGUGAACUAUUGUUCAGAAUACAAACACUAGUACCAUUUGAAUGAUACAAUGAACAACUAUUUGUCCA